UUUCCUCUGAUGGGUAGGCUGGAAAGAGAGGGUGUGUCCAGGGUAAUUCCAACGAAUUGGAAAAUCUUGAAGGCAGUGGGGAGCCAUAGAGGGUGUUCGAGCAGGGGAGUGUUCUGGGAUAUAAGAAAAGUGGCCCCUUCCUCUUUCUAUAAGGGCAUUAAGAGGGUAGUAAAGGGAGGCUGUAGCUUUGACCACACCAGACUCCCUCUUUAGGGGGGUGCCCAGAGAGGACCCCAGCCUGUGUACCCUCCUGGUGGGGCUGUUUGCUCCCCAGUGAUCUUCCUGAGCUGGGGUCAACCCACAGCACCUGGACCCUGGGCAGACACCCGGUGGGGGAACAGUUGUGGAGGGGAAGCUGCAGGCUGGGGCCCGGGUGUCACCUUCACGGAAGCGCUGGUGACUCCCUCCACUGCGGAGGAGUAUGGAGGCCCUGGGCGGCUGAUGUGGCUCACACAGGAGGCACUGGGGAACAGUGGCCAGGAGGGAAGCUCUCCUCUAGGUUCAGCUUCCCUUCCUUCUAUCUCCUUCUGGAUCACCCAAGACUCUCACCUUGGAGCUCAAGUUGAACUGACUCCUGACGUGCCUGCCGACCUUCUCAGCGUUCCAGAACGGCAGCCAUGGACAUGGGUCCCUUGGACCUGGCGGACAUCCUGCAGGGCCGCAGCAAGACAUUACGGGGGGCUCGGGGCAGGGGCCCCACCGUGCGUCGGCAGCGAGAGUUCAUGCCAGAAGAGAAGAAGGACACCAUUUACUGGGAGAAGAGGCGGAAGAACAAUGAGGCGGCCAAGCGAUCCCGGGAGAAGCGCCGUCUCAACGACGCGGCCAUCGAGGGCAGGCUGGCAGCCCUGCUGGAGGAGAACACACUGCUCAGGGCCGAGCUGCGGGCGCUCAAACUUCAUUUCGGUCUCCUGCCCCCCAUUAGGGGCCCCCAGACUCUGCCCCUGCCGGCCCUGCUGUGGGAGUCCCCCUGGACUGGGGACCCCCAUCCUGGGGCUGAGCAGCUCCCACCCCUGCCUGGGUCACACGGCUGCCUUUUGAGGCCGUGUUCCCUGGACGCUGGGGCUCCAGGGUGCCGGGGCUGCCUGGUAGCUCACAGGUGGAUGGGCCUAGCCACUCCCCCCAGGCCUCCCCAGGAACCUGUACCCCAUCCCCCCAAUGGAAUUGACCUGGCCCUGCAGGCUGCCCUUCCAGCUGCUCUCCUCAGCUAUCGCCUUCUGGAUGGCUCCUGGAACAGAAUAGGAAUCAUUUAUUCACUCGACAAACUUUUUCUGAGCUCCUACUAUGUGUCAAGAAGCAACUGGAUGAGAGAAAACAUGUUCCAGACUGAGGGGUUUGCAGAAAGAGGAAGUUUGCACAAAUGCAUAGAAGACUCACAUGUUGAUUACUCUCCUUCCAGCAGUUGGCAACCUUCCACAUGGCUGCCUGAUGCCACUUCUCACCUGGGAGUCCGUGUGUCUCUCUGGUUAUGUCAUGAUGCUUGGGGACUGGAUUUUAGGACAUUAUGCAACUUCAUGUAAGCCUUUUU